AUGACUAACUCAAAGAGAAGUUCUUGGAAUGUUGCUGUCUGGCGUAGAGUUCUGGGCAUUGCCCUCUUAAGUUUUACGUCGAUAGAAGGUUGUCAGGAUAGCAACAUACAUUGUUCCUAUUGGGCAUUACUCGGUGAAUGCAAAAAGAAUCCAAAUUAUAUGUUGUACAAUUGCCGCAAGAGUUGUAACACUUGCAAAUCCCUUGGCAAUUUCGUCAAAUGGCCGUCGGGGAAAUACGGUCUACCUAUGGCUAAAUCUGGUUGUCCUAAGUCCGACGGUUUCUCUUGGAAAACCGGAUAUAUCUAUCAAGAUUUGGAAGAUGACAAAAGCCUUACUGCGAAUUCUCCAAGCUUUCACCUUAAUGCUUCAGUACUGAGUUUGGGAGAUGUUUCUCAAAGCUUCUGCUUUAAGACAAAUAGGACCGAUUCAGUUGAUAACAGUCGAUUCAGCUGGCCUUACGGUCAAUACUGUAUUUAUAAAAAAGGCUCUUCGUGUCCAGGGUCCCUAAAAGAAGGAAGGGUUUUGUGGGAUGAUGAAAACGGGCAAAAUGGAAUAAAUCUGAAUUUCAAAACUGGUACUGUCCCUGCUGGAACAUACAAUGCAGAUACUGAAAUAAAGUUUUGUUGUCAAGAUGUUGGAUCGUACAGCGAACCUAUCGAGCUGCCUAUAGACAAGCCUUUCUAUCUGAUAGCUUUUAACAGUAAGAACUGCCAAGAAGUUCUCAAAACAACACAUACGUUGGAGUAUAUACUGUAUGAUACAGAGAAUGAUCGCAAUCAUAACCAAGCGGUCUAUCCGUAUCCUUUUGGCUCAGAUGGUGGAGAUCCUUACAUUUAUUACUGCUACUACCAAGCGUGUAGAUGGACCUUGAAAGCAUUGAAUGGUUCCUUCUCCAGUCCGAACUAUCCAUCUCCAUAUAAGGAAAAGGCCUUAUGUGAGUGGCAUAUUACUGUCCCGUGGAACUACAUCAUUUCAUUGACAUUUGUCGACUUUCGUCUGGAAACGAGUGACAUGUGUCUCUAUCAAAGCUGUGAUUGUGACUUUGUGGAGGUACACGACAACUUUCCAAAUGGAACGUCCGAACUUACAGGGAAAUACUGCAUGGGUGUGGCGUAUCCACCUAGUGAUAUCCGAUCAAAAACCAACAACGUAACAGUUACAUUUAGCUCAGAUGGUACUAUUCAAGAUGUGGGAUUCAAGGCUGAAUAUAGUGCUGUCCAGCUUACAGCACCAACAAGUUUGAGGAGCACAACGGAUACCAAGCAGAAGACGACACCAACGGACUACACUUCUGUCGAUCCGCCCACGGUUCCGAUUACUGGAGCAACUUCCAGAGGCACAACAAAUGGAAAUGAUAAAUCUACCACUGCUGGCAAUACGGCACCAACUACUAGCCUUGGCAGCAGCAGCAGCAGCAGCAGCAGCAAUAUUACAACUGGUACAACAACUAGACCAGUAAAGGAAUCUUCUACAGAACGAACAACGACACACUCGAAUGGCCAUCCAACUUCGCAAAAAGCCUCCUCACUUACUAUGAAUCCAAACGGUACAUUUACUCCUCCAUUCACAAACGUACCCGCGACAACAAUGCUAAUCACAUCUGAGAUGCCACCUAGAACAAGGCCGCGUAAAACCGUCCAAAGUAGUUCAACCUCAGGGGUAACGACUGGAGAACUCUUUCCACCAACCGAACCAAGGAGUAAGGGGGGACCGGAUACCUCCUCAAGAGCAUCGCGAGGGAAUAUUUUCAUCAUUACUGCUUUGAUAGCUUCUUUGGUUGUUUUAGCUGUGAUCGCAACAGUAGCAAUUGUUUGUCUCUGUAGAAAAUGGUAUGGAUAA